GCAAACAUCAUGUCGUCGGACUCAAGCUCUAGUUCGUCCGACUCUUCAUCAAGUUCAAGUUCGUCAAGUUCAUCUUCUUCAAGAAAAGACAGAGAUUACUCGGUGAAAUUUAAAUUCAACGAUACCAAGUCGACAGGUUUGUCAAGAUGGAUAGUUUCAGGUUUAGGAGAAGCUAAAGCUAAGUCAGCAAGAGAGAUUUUCAAGCCUAAGAUUAAGAAAAAUUCAAGCUUGUUAACUAACCCGUCGUUAGACGAAGCGUUUUAUAUUCGUCUAAAGAGUGUAAAGAAUUCAGCCGCAGCCAAGAACAACAUCGACCCACUAGAAAAAGUGUAUCGAAACCAGACUUACAAACUAAUCGAUGCAGUAAAACCUCUUAUGUUUUUAGCAAGCCGCAUAGGAAGGAAGAAGAAGUCAAGAAAAAUUACGCUCGCGGUUCGUGCAGCUCUUAAAUGGUGGGCAGUUCUCUACAACGUCACUACAGCCAGGCGCCGCAACAUUUUGUCGCAGAUAUAUCCUCAAAACAUCGGGCUUUUGGACAAUAAAGGUAUCUUGCCAGUGGGCGGCGAACUUCUUUUCGGUCCUAAAUUUGUGGAUGCUCUGGUGGAACAAGUCAACACCCUCAACAAACUCAACCAAGCGGGGAAAUCAGCAGCUCCACCACCCAACCAACCGAGACCAUCUACAUCUUCCGGAAGUAACGCUCAGAAUCGGAAUGUGCAAACUAGACUCGCUUUUUCCGAUUCUUUUGGGGGCCGUAUUGCGCGAUUCGCACAUGAAUGGUCUCAACUGACGCAAGACCCUUGGAUCCUAGCGACAGUGUGUAGAGGUUUUGAAUUGAAGUUUUUAUCGGACCCGUAUCAGUCUCAUGCUCCGUCCAAUGCCGUAAUGUCUCGUCAGCAAAAGGAACUCUGUGACCAAGAAAUCGUUUCCUUGUUCAAGAAGGGUGCCACAGUCAAAGCAGUCGGGCCGGGCAUAAGUAGCAUUUUUCUUAUCCCGAAAAAGACAGGUAGGCAUCGGCCAAUCAUCAACCUCAAGAACUUAAACAAAUUUCUAGUCGAGCAUCCAUUUAAGAUGGAAGGAAUUAGCACCAUCAGACACACCGUUAGGGAAGGGGAUUGGUUAGCUAAACUAGACCUAAAAGACGCCUAUCUGACAGUCCCAGUGUUUGAAGGUCACAGAAAACUUUUACGUUUCGUAUGGCGGAAAUCUUGUUAUGAGUUUGUUGCUUACCUUUUGGAUUAA